GAUUUCAACACGACUGGUCUUUUCUAUCCCUGCGUUAGUCUUUCUGGCAAGUCUAGUGUUCGCUUCUUGUUGGGUGGCAACCAGGGCCGUCUGCAUUACGGUCCUCCGGCCGGCUAUUCGCUUAUUGCAGAGGCCCGCCAGGCCAACCAACAGCUCCGCAUAGAGCCUGUAUUCACAUUUGGACAAACUGAAAAGUCUGUACUCUCAGGACCCUCCGCUAGCCCCCAACUACCGCAACAGGGUGUAUUCGUACCACGUACCGUUGAGACGUCACGUAUACAGCUGCCAAACUAUGUAGAGCGUGUGCGAGAUCGUCUAGCUGAAAAUAUACACGAGAUGUGGGUUAUGCGCAAAAUUGAGCAGGGAUGGCAGUAUGCUGAGGUCAGUGUGACUUGCCCAACAGGUUUUUGA